AACUGCUAGCGACCGAACAGUUUACAAUAGUUUUUUUUUCUUUUAUACAUAUAAGUAAGCAUGAUUUGAUGUGGUACCUCGGUCUUACUUCUCUUUUGGGUAUUUUAACUAGUGCUGUUAAACUUGUCGCACUCACCGUAUCUUUAGUACACUAUUAGUCCCAACCAGCAAAAGUUAGUUGUAUAGAAGGCCAUAGAACGUUUUGUAAAAACUAAUCGAUGGUCAAAUAAAAGGCCAAAGAAGGUGCACCUACAAAGAAAGUGGCGCAAUUAUAUCUCCAUUCAGUCUUAAAGUACAACUAUAACGAUAUCAGGCAUGACAAUUUGGGCCCGUUGCAGUGAUGUAACAGUAACGCAAUCUCUAUAUUUGGUGACAUACAAGCCACAGCAACACUACUAAACACUUUUUAAGAACUGUAGAAGAGUUCAUGAAUCCAUUACAAUAUUCAUCAUUCAUUCAUUUUACAUUCGUUCACUCUGCUGCAGUGUUUUAUUUAGAAGAGAAAUAAAAGAUAAAUCAGAAGAGACGAGGAGACCGUGUGUAAUGUUCUGCAAAAUGGUAGUCAUUAUAGACAUCGAUAAGUUUUUGACUCGUGACGAUUUCAAGCUACUUGCAGAAGUGGAGUGGCCGUGGGAAAUUACACAUUUUGUGUUAAAUAAGAAUUGUAUUAACUGUGGUUUACAUACCAAUUCAUCUUUACCAAGGCACUUCAUCAUACGCAAAAAAUAUAUGAUAUCUUUACCAAGCUUAAUUUUUUUCUGGUGUCGGGGCUGCGGUAUUAUGUCUAUUUAUGACCACUACAUCCCUGAUGAAUGUUAUUAUUGUGAUUAAUUAUUCUACCUAUUGGCUAAAACUUUUCGUACUACAAAUCCAUUAGGUAUUUUACUAUUUAUUAAUUAUAGAAAAAAUAAAUAUCUCUUAUUAAUUACGUUGUUUUGAAGUUUACAUAGCAAGACAAGCAUUAAACCUACGUACCUACAUGUCUCCAUCCGAUUAAAUUUGUUUCCCACACUGCGCCUCGCGCCGCCUCCUGUCCCACUGCUGGGCACAGGCCUCCUCAUACACGGAGAAGGAUUGAGCAUUAAUCACCACGCUUGCUCAAUGCAGGUUGGUGAUUUCAGACUUUAUAGUCCAGGUUUCCUCAAGAUGUUUUCCUUCACCUUUUUUAUCAGCCAUUGGUGUCCAAGAUAUACUUAGAAAGUGCAUACAAACUUAGAAAAGUUGCAUUGGUACUUGCCUGACCUGAAAAACUGUCACAUCUAGAAUCAUUAUAACCAUUUGAAUAAUUCUCCAUUUCUUCAUUGACGUGAACUAUAUUUUGUACGGAACCAUUUUCUAUAAUUGGGUCUUCAAAAAAUAUUGGUUGUCGCAUUAAUUACGCUGAAUCAAAACGUCAAUAUUGUUGUAGAAGAGCGAUAGAAGUGCCUUUACGAAACUGAAUUAGCAUUUAAAAGCAUUGCUAGCCUGCUUUUAUACACGGUAAUAAUGUUUUAAAAGAGAUAAGAGCUCCGUUAUACUACUAUUGUGUAAUAGAGGGACUAUAAUAGUUAUAAAAAAACAAUACUCUUCUAAAAAAGUGUCUUUGUGAUAAGUUUAUCACUACAACUAUAACGAGCGUUAACAACCUUAUAUAUGGCAAUUAAGCUACAUAAAUAUAAUUUGAAACUCAGCUAUAUCACCAAAUCACUCUGUUGUAGACUUUUUGUGCCCACUAUAGUACUAUGUACUGUAACGACGAUCUAAAAUGUCUCAAUAUCACAAUAUCGUCCUAUUUUUGAGUUGUCAUCUCUACUACAACGAAAGACACAUUAUAGUUCGUUUCGAACCUUUAUUGCGCAAAUCAGGCGCAUUAGGGCGACAGUAAACACUGUUAUAAAGUUCUAUCGUUGUAUACUAGUAACAAUGGAGGUUGCUAUAACGCCUGACUAUAACAGCUAUAUAAUGUUGUGAAGUAAACCUUUACAUCAAUUCUUAAUAGGUCGUUUUUGCUGUAUAAACUUAUAAAGCCAAAAUGUGUUGUCAAACGCUUUUACACAACAAUCAGUCACCACCGAAUCCUUUAUACAUCGUUCACUCAGCUUUUUUGAGAUAUAAGGUUUGGUUAUAGGGCAAAAUUGUUGGUUGGGGUGCUAACCUUUGGUUGGUUCAACUCUUUAAAAAACAAUAUUAAUAUUUCACGCGUCUACAUUAGUUGACUAGUCCUAGUUAAGUACAUCGUAAACCAAUAACAAUGUUUUGUCAAUAUAAUUACACAUUCAAUUGUACUUCCUAAGGAAAUGACAGUUUUUCAACAAAUUUCAAUGUUAUCCAAACGUUUUGAGUAGUGUUCUUCCUACGUUCGAUAAAGAAAUCCGGUAAAGUUAUUGCCAAAACAACUUAAAACGCGGUAAACCCAAAAGUAGAAAACAUUGGUGACACCGCUAUGAUUCGUCGAUACGGAAAAGGCAUUUCCUUCGUUUUACUAAAUCUUAUAUUAUCAGGAAGACCGAUUUGGUGCAUCUCAAAUGGGGCCCAGUUCCUUGAAGAAUAUGGCAAUACUACUCAAUCGUAUGAUUCCUUCGAAAGUCACAACAGUGAUGAAACGUUCACAAUCAAUACUGUGGGCUGUGUCAUUCCGGCGGUUGGCAUGCAAAGUUUACCCAUAAGAAAAUACAUGUAUGCACCAACAUUUCGUGGUAGACCAUGUAAAAACCAUAAUUAUCGUUUGUUGGAAAGUAAUCAAACACACAUAUGGAUAGCAAAAAAAAAAUUUGAAUACUAUAAUAUAACACACGAUUCAGUUUUUGAUUGUUGCUACGAGUCCUUCCAUCGCCCCAGAACCGCAAGAAAUAUAUCUUCCGCACAGGUUGACAGCCGAGUUCAAUAUCUUAGAUGCAUUAUGUUUCAUGACAUCAUAGAAGUGAGCAAUGAAUUCGUAAAAGUUAGUUGUGUUCAUAACAAUAAAGAAAUAUAUGAGCAAUACUUUACUUUUACACCGAAAAAAGAGUUUACAUUGAAUAGGAAACUGCCAUUCAAGACUGCAAAUGAAACAAUGUAUAACAUUAUAAUAAUGGGAAUUGGAUCCGUAUCUAGGCAGAACUUUUACCGCACAAUGCCGAAUACUUUGCAAUUGUUGAAAAAACUUAACGCAAUUGAAUUAAAAGGCUACAACACAGUAGCAGAUGACACUUUUCGCAACAUGAUACCUGUUCUAGUCGGCAUGAAUAACUCGGAGCUUAAAACAACUUGCUGGACAAGCAGGUGGCCUACGCUGGACAGCUGUCCUUUCAUAUGGGAAAGAUUUAAAGAUGUGGGAUAUUACACCGCGCUAGUGGAGGAUACUUCCAGAUUCGGUAUGUUCAAUUAUAGAAAAUCUGGUUUUAGAGGCCGCCCUACCGACUACUACUUACAUCCUUUCAUACAUGAGACUGAAAAUCUAAACAAAUAUAACCAAAACCUAUCCGCUUGUAUGGGAGAUAAAUACUAUUUUGAAGUUCUUCUAAAUUAUGUUCGAAAACUAACUACGACACUGAAAAAUUCUAAGUUAUUUGGCCUUUUUUGGGAAACAUCUAUGUCACACUACAAUUUAGUGGAUCCCAUUAUAAUGGAUGCAGCUUAUGUUAAAUUAAUAAAAGAAAAGGAAAAGGAUGGAUAUUUAAAUGACACAAUAUUGAUCAUUCUAAGUGAUCAUGGUUUGGAUAUUGGAGGUAUACGUUUCACAAAACAAGGUCAGAUAGAGCAGAGGCUUCCUUUCGUCUUUAUAGUGGUGCCACCUUCAUUUCGAAAACAGUAUAGAUUUGCAUAUCAUAAUUUAAAAGUUAAUAAAGGACGCCUAACAACUGCGUUUGAUAUACAUAAAACGUUAAUAGAUCUUAUUGAGAUGGAAGCUCUAACUGAAAGAGAAAUAUUAAGAAGAAGUACUGAGUACUAUACGCACGACAGAGGUAUCAGCCUGUUUUUAAAGAUUCCUAGAAACAGAACGUGUCAAAUGGCUGGCAUCAGUGACAAAUGGUGCUCCUGCUAUGAUGAUAUAGAGCUGUCACCUAGCAACCCUAUACUUAUAGCUGCAGUUAAAUAUUUGGCUAUUCAAACAAACGAGAUGUUGGAGCCUUAUCCAGAAUGCCUGAAGCUCGUAGUAGACGAUAUUAUCAUAGCGAAGGAGCUGGUGCCGGCGUAUGACAGAAGCGCCGAGUGGCGGGAUUUCAAUGUCAUCGUGCGUAUGGCGCCGGGAGGUGGGAUUUUUGACACAAUGUUACGAUACUACAAUCAGACUUUUACACUUAUAAAUCGCAUGAAACGCCUCAAUUUUCCUGGAUUCCGAAGCUUAUGUAUUGAAGAUCCCAAUUUAAGAUUAUUUUGUUUUUGUAGAUAAGUGCACGUGUAAAAAUAAAU